AUGUGGAAGCCGUCGGAGAGACUGAUGGACACCAUCAGACACUAUGCCAGCUUCCCAGCGACCGGCGUCUCUCUCCGACAAAUGGUUCAAUUUGGAGAUCGACCAUCAGUCGGCACGUUGUUCCGAGCGUCACAAUUCCUCUCAGAAGAACUGCCCAUUCGCCUCGCCCACCGUGUCCAGGAUCUUGGAGAACUUCCCGAUGGACUCAGUGAAAUGCCCUCAAUCAAAAAAGUUCAAGAUUGGUACGCACAAUCGUUCGAGGAAAUCAUUACGCUGCCGCGACCCACCCUCACCCAGGAAGUCAAGGCCCGCCUGCUGCGCCCGGGAAAGCUUAACGGCGGGACCUCGAGGAUCCUCUCGGAAGUCACGCAGAACCCCAGCAUACGCGAAGGACAGUAUCGAUCCUCCCCGUCCUCCACGUCAAACGGCAAUGGAAAUGGCAAGGCUGCGGCCGCUCGAAGAUAUUAUGCACCAUCCGAUGAUCAAGGAAAUUGGCCACCGGAGCUGAACGACUACAACGAGCGAUUUGCACAGACACUCAAGGAAAUCAAGCGAAGACACGACAGCGUCGUGACCACCGUGGCCCAGGGUAUUCUCGAAUGGAAACGAAAGCGCCAGCGCCUGCAAAUCGACUCGACCGUGCAAUCCUUUCUCGAUCGCUUUUAUAUGUCAAGGAUCGGCAUACGAAUGUUGAUUGGGCAGCAUAUCGCAUUGACUGAACAGACUCACGUAAAGCAUCCACACUACGUCGGAAUAAUCUGUACCAAGACAAAUGUGCGGGAGAUAGCCCUCGAGGCGAUCGAAAAUGCCCGUUUCGUCUGCCAGGAUUACUACGGAUUGUUCGAUGCCCCCAAGGUGCAGCUUGUGUGUAAAGAGGACCUGAACUUCAUGUAUGUGCCAGGACAUCUGUCACAUAUGCUCUUUGAGACCCUGAAGAACUCCUUGCGUGCGGUGGUGGAGGCCAAGGGUGUGGACAAGGACACCUUCCCCGUCACCAAAGUCAUCAUCGCGGAAGGAAAGGAAGAUAUCACAAUCAAGAUUUCCGACGAAGGUGGUGGCAUCCCUCGUUCUGCCAUUCCCCUGGUUUGGACGUAUAUGUACACGACCGUCGAGCAAACCCCAAGUCUGGACCCAGAUUUCGACAAGAGCGACUUCAAGGCUCCCAUGGCCGGGUUUGGCUACGGUCUUCCGAUCAGUCGUUUGUAUGCUCGGUACUUUGGUGGCGAUCUGAAGUUGAUCAGCAUGGAGGGAUACGGGACGGACGUCUACCUCCACCUGAACCGACUCUCCUCGAGCUCGGAACCCCUGCAAUGA